AUGUCGUCCGGUGAGGCUACCACUUCUGCUGUUGCUGCUGCCGCUUCUGUUCCUGAGCUCAUCGUCGUUGGCGCUGGCCGGCGUCGACGGGACUGGACAGUACCGGCCGGCCCGGCGGCUGCUGGUGACGCCGCCGUCGACGCACAAGUCGGAGCAGCGGAUGCGGGUGGACGGCGCGAAGAAGCCCUUCAGGAACGCCGGCGCGAUCCUGGGGCGCCGGAAGAUACCGCGCUCCGUCUGGAAUCCCAUCCACAACAGAUAAAAGGCGUAGACGGACUAGAUGGCCACAGAGCAUCUAGGCAGUGA